GGACAACGAGCGCCUUCAGAGCCCUCAACUGACUUAAGCUCGAAUCCUCCUUUUGAGCCAUCUCCUCUCCUGAGUUCGGCCUCCUCCUCCACUCCUUAUUGCGAGAGCUUCUUAGCACUUCUCGCUCUGCUCACUCUCUCAGAUCUGCUCUCCCUCGCUUCGCUCUUCUUCACCAUAGCCAUCUGCGCGCUCAAAGAAAAGCAAGAAAGCAAAGCGAGCGAGCAGCUCCCCCCGCGUCCGUCCUCGGCCCGCUUCAUCUCCCGUCUUCGAGCAGCUUUCAGGUAACUUCGCGAAAAUGGCCGACUCUGAGGAUGUUCAGCCCCUCGUCUGCGACAAUGGAUCUGGAAUGGUCAAGGCUGGAUUCGCCGGUGACGAUGCUCCUCGCGCUGUUUUCCCCAGUAUUGUCGGCCGGCCCCGCCACACCGGUGUCAUGGUUGGUAUGGGACAGAAGGAUGCCUACGUCGGAGAUGAGGCUCAAUCCAAACGUGGUAUUUUGACUUUGAAGUACCCAAUUGAGCACGGUAUCGUGACCAAUUGGGACGACAUGGAGAAGAUCUGGCAUCACACCUUCUACAAUGAGCUCCGUGUGGCACCCGAAGAACACCCAGUUCUUCUAACCGAAGCUCCUUUGAACCCCAAGGCCAAUCGUGAGAAGAUGACUCAAAUCAUGUUCGAAACCUUCAACGUUCCUGCCAUGUACGUGGCGAUCCAGGCUGUUUUGUCGCUGUACGCCAGUGGUCGUACUACCGGUAUCGUUUUGGAUUCCGGAGAUGGUGUCACCCACACUGUUCCCAUUUACGAGGGUUAUGCUCUUCCCCACGCCAUUCUUAGGCUGGAUCUUGCUGGACGUGAUCUUACCGACGCAUUGAUGAAGAUCUUGACCGAGCGCGGUUACUCUUUCACCACCACUGCGGAGCGUGAAAUUGUGAGAGACAUGAAGGAGAAGCUGGCAUAUGUUGCUAUCGACUUCGAACAAGAACUUGACACUGCUCGCACCAGCUCAUCCUUGGAAAAGAGCUACGAGCUUCCCGACGGUCAAGUCAUCACCAUUGGUGCCGAAAGAUUUAGAUGCCCAGAGGUUCUGUUCCAACCAUCACUGAUUGGUAUGGAAGCAUCGGGUAUCCAUGAGACUACCUACAACUCCAUCAUGAAGUGUGAUGUCGAUAUCCGUAAGGACUUGUACGGAAACAUUGUGUUGUCUGGAGGAACCACUAUGUUCCCAGGUAUCUCUGACCGUAUGACAAGGGAGAUCACCGCUCUUGCUCCCAGCAGCAUGAAGAUUAAGGUUGUCGCACCUCCAGAGAGGAAGUACAGUGUCUGGAUCGGAGGAUCUAUCUUGGCUUCUCUCAGCACCUUCCAGCAGAUGUGGAUCGCCAAGGCUGAGUACGAUGAGUCAGGUCCUUCCAUCGUCCACAGGAAAUGUUUCUAAGCUCACAACGGAGGCGUUUUUUAAAUCCACGUCCCCCCCUUUUGGGAGUAACAGUAAUCGAACCUGGAAGCUGCGUGCUUCCAGUUUGAGUGGUGGUUUGGAUUGUGCUGGCAAUGUCGGGUAACUAUAGCUCUGCAGGUGGGUGGACCUGAGGUUUGUAAAAAUAGCAGACAGCAACGGCUUCAACGCCAGUGACUUCCAGGGAUUAAUGCCGCCGCAUAAUACCACAAUUGUACAAGGCCUGGAUUAGAGGUCUCUAAUCUCCGAGGUUUUGAUUCUUCAAUUUUCUCUUUGUAAUGCCUUUGUUAUAAUGCGGUCAUUUGAGCGUUUGCUCAAAUUGCAUGUCAUUCUUAAGCCCUGGUUUUUUCCGGGUCGAUGAAAGUGGCUGCUUGAAGAUCUAGGAAGACCCUGAGGUUCCGCAUGUUUAGUGGCUAAAUUUCCAAAUUCCAAUGAACUAGCUCCUUGUAGUUCUGAAAUCUUUAGUAGACGAGAGUUAUUGUAGACUUGAUACACCUCAUAAUGGCACGAACCGAUCUUAUCUAUAUAUUCCAUGUUAUUAUUCGGGCUUGGCCUUGUUUUGCAUUAAAGCAACCGUCAUGAGGACGAGAUUACCUGCGAA